CUGGUUCUACGGGACGAGUCUCCCUGGGACGCAUUGACUCCGAUCUUCACCUGCGAUCUCGCAGGGUCUGUAUCUAUCGCCGUGCAUCGCACUCGUCCUUCUCGGGUCUUCGCUGUGCGCGCAUACCCCGAGCGCAGCGGAGAUAAAAUAUUGAAGAUAUUACAGAAAGUCCAACAUCCUAACGUCAUAUCCACUAAAGAUAUAUAUAAACACGGAGAGGUAUUAUAUUCUGUUGGCGUCGAUCGCCCUCUUACUUUGGAUAACCUUGUUGCCUGUGACCGCUUUCCAAGUGAGCUUCAACUGGCGUCCAUCCUUGCGCAGGUUCUUAACGGGAUAUCAUAUCUACUGGCGAAUGGCUGGGAGCAUCAAGCCAUUGAGUACUCCAACAUUCUUCUGGGACUCGACGGGCUCAUUGAAAUUGCAGCACUUGAGCACUGUGUAGAACACCAGCUAGACCAAUCCCAAUCCCGUUCUCUUAGUGCCCUUACUACUGUGACUACCCUGCUCAUGCAGAAAUACGUCAAGGCUGACGGUGCGAUCGGGAUCGACAACGUGGACUGUUGGUCGAUUGGGUCUGAACCAGUGGAGUUCCUGUCUGCCACUACGUCUGUGGUGACCAUAGAGGACUUGAAACUUCAUCCGUUUAUAGCUAAGAGCCGCUGGUCUCCUGGUGAAUUGAUUGGGCUCGUCCGUCUUGCCUUAAUCUCGACACAUACAUUCAUAACAAGCCCUUAA